UCAUCCGAGAGUGCACGCUGCGUAGCAUAAACAGUGCGGGUAGCAUAGAAAACAUGGAAGCGACUGAUUCUAAAUUGAAUUUCCACGAGCUUGAGUUGGACGAACGUAUACUGAAGGAGAUCGCUCGUUUGGGAUGGCUUGAACCGACACUGGUUCAAGAGAAGGCAAUCCCGUUCCUUCUCGAAGGGAAAGAUGUCUUGAUACGUGCUCGCACUGGUUCUGGUAAGACAGCGGCGUUUGCUGUUCCCAUCAUCCAGAAUCUACUCGUUCGGAAAGGUGAAGAUGCCGUACGUGAAACAUCCGUAAUAGUGAUGGCCCCCAGCCAGGAUUUAUGCCAUCAGAUUACCAAGGCGUUUCAAGAACUGACAUUCUCGUGCAGUACCGUGGUACGGGUAGUAGAUAUCUCCUCGAAGGAAGAGCAAUCGACGUAUCGCCACAUGCUAGCUGAACAUCCCGAUAUCGUCGUGUCGACCCCUGCAAAGUUACGCUACGUGUUGUCCGAGGGAAUUCUAAACGUGCGCGAAAGUCUCCGUGCUGUCGUCAUCGAUGAGGCGGAUUUAAUGUUUUCGUUUGGUUUUGAAGAGGACUUACGCGAAGUGCUGAAGAACUUUCCCCCGGUGCACCAAUCUGUGCUUUGUUCGGCUACGCUCGACGAGGACUUGAUCACGUUGAAGAAAAUGGUACUUCAUAAUCCCGUGGUUUUGAAGCUGCAGGAACCGAACGUGGCCAUAGGAAGUCAAAUGACACACUACAAGGUUGAGGCCGCAGAGGAAGUGGAUAAGGCGGCUAUACUUUUCAUUCUUCUCAAACUAAAGCUGAUUCAGGGCAAAUGUUUAAUUUUCGUCAAAUCCGUUGAACGGUGUUACAGAUUGAAACUAUUUUUGGAACAGUUCAACAUUCGUGCGUGCAUCCUGAACUCCGAAUUACCCAUCAAAAUCCGAUGUCACACCGUCAGCCAGUUCAAUAAGGGUCUCUACGACACGAUCAUUACCUCCGAUGAGACGGUAGCAGUAAAUCCUGCAAUCAAGAACAAAAAGCGCAUCAAAAAAACCUCCGCUAAGCGUCUACUGCAGGCCUCCAAUGCGGAAUCUGGUGUUUCACGUGGCAUUGAUUUUCAGUGCGUUUCAUGUGUGGUAAACUUUGAUUUUCCGUCGGAUGUUAACUCGUACAUCCAUCGAGCUGGUCGUACGGCCAGAGGAAAUAAUACAGGCAGUGUUCUAUCGUUUGUCGCCCCCGAUGAGGUGGACCAGAAAGUGGAGGUUGAAAGCUUUAUUCAGGGUUUUGUCGGCGAUGAAACGUUUGCAUUCAAGAACUUCCAGUUCAACUUUGCAGACGUUGAAGCAUUCCGGUACCGAGCGCUGGAUGCAUGGCGCGCAAUUACUAAGCUUUCGAUAAGGGAAGCUCGAGUAAAGGAACUGAAGACGGAAAUGUUAAAUUCUGAAAAGUUGACGUCAUUCUUCGAGGAAAAUCCACGAGAUUUACAAGCUUUGCGACAUGACCGAUCUUUGCAUACGGUACACAUUCAGGAGCACCUGGCAGAUGUACCGGAGUACUUGGUACCACCAGCACUGAAGGCGAUAAUUCCCAGCAAGAAAGCACACCGCAACAAGAGGUUAACCGAGUUGAAAGUCAACGCCCAGAAAAGGAAAGCAAAAUUGGAGAACCCACUGUUGAUGGACGGAUUAGACUAUCAAAAGAAACGGAUGGUUUAAGAACACAGAUUUAUGUCUAGAUCAUAAUGCUAACAGAUGGUUUAUUAAACGAAUCUACUUGCUAUACCAAGCAGUUUUGUG